AUCUCUCCCCUUAAACAACACACUCACACAUAAUACUUGCACAUUACAACGUACACAAACUAAAAGUAUGGCUCUCAUAACUUUUACCUCUCUCACAAAACACACACUUCGUUCAUACUUGAUAGAUUAAGAAGAGAAACAGAGAAAGCUCGGCACGGCACGGCACGGCACGGCAACCGGUGGCUUAAGAUGGACUACUAAUAGUAUUAAGAGUCUAAGACAAAUUUCAAAUUAAGGUUUGUUUGUUUGAAAACACGGUGGCGCAUUCGAGAUGGGGGUGGUGACAAUGAGUGAUUUGAAGCCUAAUAUUGUUGGAAAGAGAGGUUUUCGGCCUAGUUCCAGUACAAGGCAUGUCACUGAAUGGCCAAUAUCUGAUGUUUCUAGUGAUCUUGCCAUCGAAGUAGGCGCUUCCUCCUUUGCACUUCACAAAUUUCCUCUUGUUUCGCGCAGUGGAAGAAUCCGUAAACUCUUACUGGAAGCAAAGGAUUCAAAGGUCUCAAGGAUUAGUCUUCCUUCUGUACCAGGCGGAUCAGAGGCAUUUGAGCUAGCUGCCAAGUUCUGCUAUGGAAUCAAUGUUGAAAUCACACUUUCAAACGUAGCUAUGCUGCGAUGUGCAGCGCAUUUUCUUGAAAUGACAGAGGAGUUUGCAGAGAAAAGCCUUGAAACAAGAACUGAGGUAUAUCUAAAAGACAUAGUCCUCUCAAAUAUAUCAAACUCCAUAUCAGUCUUACACAAAUGCGAGACACUCUUGCCUAUAGCAGAAGAUAUUAACCUGGUUAACCGGAUGAUUACUUCAAUUGCCAAUAAUGCAUGUAAGGAGCAACUCUGUUCGGGUUUACUAAAACUCGAACAUAAUUUCCCUGUAAAAGUAUUAUCACAUUUGGAGCCAGAAACUCCUGCAGAUUGGUGGGGGAAAUCACUAGCAGUUCUGAAUCUAGAUUUCUUCCAAAGGGUUUUAACAGCAGUGAAGUUGAAGGGUCUUAAACAAGAUUUGAUAAGCAAGAUUUUGAUCAACUAUGCUCAAACUUCUCUUCAAGGGGUAGUCGUUGUAAGAGAUCCACAACUUGUAAAGGGAAAUUACAUGGAUUUAGAACUUCAAAAGAAACAAAGGGUACUUAUUGAAACAAUGGUGAGUUUGUUACCUACACAAUCAAGGAAAAGCUUGGUUCCUAUGGCAUUCCUUUCAAGCUUGUUAAAGAGUGCAAUUGUACAAUUGGCUUCUACAUCUUGUAGAACCGAUUUAGAGAGAAGGAUCGGCUUACAAUUAGACCAAGCAAUCUUGGAAGACAUACUUAUUCCUGCUAGUUCUCAUGGGAAUAAUCAUCAUAGUCCCAUGUAUGAUAUUGAUUCUGUGUUAAGGAUUUUCUCGAUUUUUUUAAACUUAGAUGAAGAUGAUGAUGAUGAUAAUGAUAACCACAUGAGGGAUGAGAGUGAGAUGAUGUAUACUUUUGAUAGCCCUGGAUCUCCUAAACAAAGUUCGAUUAUUAAGGUAUCAAAGUUAUUGGACAAUUUUAUUGCAGAAGUUGCUUUGGAUUCAAACUUGUCACCUUCCAAGUUCAUAGCUCUUGCAGAGCUACUGCCUGAUCAUGCUCGCGUAGUCACUGAUGGCCUAUAUCGAGCAGUAGAUAUCUUCCUCAAGGUUCAUCCAAAUAUGAAGGAAUCAGAAAGAUACAGGCUAUGCAAAACCAUAGAUUGUCAGAAACUUUCACAAGAAGCAUGCAGUCAUGCAGCUCAGAAUGAAAGACUACCAGUACAGAUGGCAGUCCAAGUACUCUACUUUGAACAAAUCAGACUGAGAAACGCAAUGAACGGAGGACACAACCAGUUCUUCUUUGGAUCAGUAAAUGGACAUAAUUUCCCUCAAAGAUCAAGCAGUGGAGCAGGAAGUGGAGCUAUAUCUCCUAGAGACAAUUAUGCCUCAGUCAGAAGAGAGAACCGCGAACUCAAGUUAGAAGUAGCAAGGAUGAGGAUGAGACUAACUGAUUUAGAAAAAGAUCAUGUUUCAAUGAAACAGGAAAUGGUAAGAUCACAUCCUGCUAAUAAGUUGUUCAAGUCAUUUACUAAGAAACUUAGCAAGCUUAAUUCCCUUUUUCGGAUUAACAGUGCUAAGCCAUUAGGGUCUAAGGCUAAUUCAGAAUCGAGAUUCUUCUUCCAGAGGCGAAGGCGCCAUUCUGUAGGAUGACAUUGUUUUAGUGUGAAUAUUAAUCCAUCAUAUGUGAGUGUAUAGUAUAUACUUAAUUAGUCUUGUUUCUUUUGUCUAAAUAGUUCCUUUUUUGUGGUCAUGAAUUUUGUAUUUAUUUUCUUUUCGUGUGGCUUGGCUGAAACUAACUCUGAUCAGUCUCAGUUAAGCCUUGUUGCCUGUAGCCCUGUUUCUGUAUUUGAUCCGUUUUCAGAAACUUUUUCCAAUAGUUAAAA